AUGGCUCAAGGGAAUGCGAUCAUUCCGGACGAUUUUGAGAUGCCUGUAUCCGCUUUCGACAUUCCCAGAUGUUAUGCGGGUGAUCUAGCAGCUGUUUUAAUAACUGACGGCCUCAUUCGUGAUCGAGUCAGACGGUUGGCAAAAGACAUCCAUGAAGCGAUUGGUGAGAACCAGCUGUCACUACUUUGCGUACUCAAAGGUUCUUACAAGUUUUUCAAUGCAUUGGUAGAAGAGCUGUCAAAUGCCCGAUGGUCUUGCAAAGAACCGAUGACCGUCGAUUUUAUCCGGUGCAAAAGCUAUGAAGAUGAUGCGAGUUCAGGAACGGUCCAGAUUAUUGGGCUCAGUAACUUAGAAGAACUUCGAGGGAAAAAUGUGUUGAUUGUGGAUGAUAUAAUUGACACUGGUCUUACUUUAUCGAAGCUAAUUCACACUUUGGAAGGAUACGGUGCCAAAAAGGUAUGGACGGCGGUAUUAUUGUCAAAGCGGGUACCACGGAAAAUAAAUGUUGUAGAAGAUUUUGUCGCUUUUCACAUUCCUAACAAGUUCAUUGUUGGCUAUGGACUCGACUAUAACCAGAAAUUUCGUGAUUUAAAUCACAUAUGUGUGAUGAGCGCUGCUGGUGUAGAAAAAUACAAAAACAGUUGA